AAUAACCUUCUUCGGCUUUCUUUAACCAAUCUCAGAGGCCCUGAUAGGGGAUAAUGGGCACGUGGCUUAGUGUUGCACUCACUAUCACAAGAUCGUGGUUUCGAUUCCAGAACCGGGGGUGGGGGGGGAGGUUGUGUUCUUUAAUAAAACACUUCAUUUCACGUUACUCCAGUUCACUCAGCUAUAAAUGAGUGACCCGGUGAAGGACUGGCGUCCUGUUCAGGAAGAAUUUUGUUAUCUCAGUCACUUAUACAAUAUAGAAACGAGGUAACGAGUCCUAGGAGUCCCUGCACUUGAGACUAACGUCCAAGGGUUACUUUUACCUUUGGUUAAGCACUAGAAGAAGAAACAAAGUAAGAUUUCGAACUAAUCAACUUUAAAAGCAGAAACGUUUUUUCGUCUUACACCGGUGUUUUAAAAAACUAUUACAGCUUCCUUCUAAUUACUUUCGGUUUCAAGUCUACAUUUUCCUGUUAAAAGCUAAGUUUAAAUUUGCUACAAUGUCGAGAUAAAAAAAAAAGUAUCUAGCAUGGAAGAGUCAGCAAUUAAUGUUCUAAAACGUGCAGUGGUUUUAGACCAAGAGCGGCGGUUUGACCAAGCAAUAGUUUGUUAUGAACAAGGAAUCGGUUUGUUGUUAAAAGCAAUUAAAGGGUUCACUGAUAAUGUCAAGAAAGAGAGGUACCGAACUAAGAUUAAUGAAUACAUGGGUAGAGCAGAGAAGCUUAAACAAGCAAUGAUAAAACUAAAGAAUGCUGAAAAAUUCAAUAAAGUCAUUCAGAUUGAAGAGGACUCCAUUGGUCACAACUAUUCCACAAUAUUCGGGGAUUUACUGGACAUUACCCUGACUGAGGUUGAAAUUGAUGACCCUUAUAUCCGUUCUAAUCAUCAGAUUAUUAACUUCAUACGGUUUUGUGCACUUCUACACAAGUCAGAUGCAAACGUGAGGAAGAUCAUUCUAAACACAAGCUGUGAAAACGACGAAAACAAGCAAUCACAACAGAAACAAGCCUUCUCUGCAAUUAGUAACAACCUCCUACAGAACAACAUUGAAUUAGUGGUCAGCUACAGUAAAACCUUACAUGACCGAGAAAUCAGGUUCAAUAAUGGCUGGAUUGUUAAGAUUGGGCGUGGCCUCGACUACUUCAAAAAUGUUCCUAAAUUCAGCCUUGGUUUCUAUGACUAUGAUCUCCGCCCUUGUCAUGAGACAACUAUUAAUAUUUUCCAUGCCAAGCAUGUGAAGGGAGCUGACGGUUGAAAUUUAUAAACCAAACAGCUAUUUCUUCUUAAAAAACCAGCUAGCAUUCUUAUCGGGUCUAUCAAUUAAUCUUUGGCCCGUUACUAUGGAAACUGCUACUGGUUAGGGUUGGAGUUGAUGCAUUCCUUUUAAGGAGAAGACAGACUUUUUCCAAAGACCAAAUAAUUUUGAACAAAAGAAAAAUCUAUAUUUUUCAAUCUUUUGAAUUGAUUAACUAAUCUCAUCAUCGUCAACUCUUAACAUCCACUUUUCCAUGCUUGCAUGGGUCAGAUGGAAUUUCUUCAGCCAGAUGCCCUUUCUGUCACCAACCUUCACUUGUUGUCAAGCAAAGUAAUAUUUUUCUAUAGCCAUACAUGUUUUUCUAAAGAUGAUCAGCACUAACAAUGGAGGCAUAUUUACAAUCGUCACAUGAUGUCAGAAGAAGCGUACACAUACACACACAUUUCACCUGAUGACAUAGCUUAAAUUCUGCAUUAUUUUGAAAGAAUGUUUUCACAUUUUGUAUGAGUGCUGACAUGUAAGUAGUUUAUUUCUUAUCAAAUAUGAUAAUAUAACUUAUUUACAUGUUUUUGGAAUUAUGAAACAUACUUGUCAUAGUAUUUGGGUUUUUUAUUGUUAAAUAAAGAUUCAUCGAAAUAUU